UGCUUUGUCGCCUGGCGCUCCGGUGUCCCCGAGUGGUUUCCCCCUUGGCCUGUUCUCCCUCUGCGCCCGAACUCAGGGUCGCCGCUGCCCCUUCUCCAGGCCCUCUCCAACCCAUGCCUAGGCCAAUCCCGGCGCGGCCCCUACCCUCUGACCCUGCGUUGCAUAAUGCCCGAGCAAAGUCCCCAAGGGUGUGAAACCCGGCGUUCCUGCCCCUGGGCGGGGACGGGCGGCGACCGUUUGGGGAGCCGAGGCGGCGAGGGCGCAGCCGGCACUGUCCACCGGCCAGGGCCCCGCAAGUCCCCUGGGAGCAGGCCCCCCGCGCCGCUCGGCCCCACCGCCAGGCCCGCCUGCCGCCGCCGCCGCAGCCAUGGCGGAAGUUCAUAGACGUCAGCAUGCCCGGGUUAAAGGAGAAGCCCCCGCGAAAUCCUCCACACACAGACAUGAGGAGGAGCUGGGGAUGGCGUCGGCCGAAACGCUGACGGUGUUCCUGAAGCUGCUGGCCGCUGGUUUUUACGGCGUGAGCUCCUUCCUGAUCGUGGUGGUCAACAAGAGCGUGCUCACCAAUUACAGAUUUCCCUCCUCACUAUGUGUUGGACUUGGCCAGAUGGUGGCCACAGUGGCAGUUCUCUGGGUGGGAAAGGCGCUCAGAGUAGUCAAGUUUCCUGACUUUGACAGAAAUGUACCUCGAAAGACGUUUCCACUACCUCUACUAUAUUUUGGGAACCAAAUCACGGGACUGUUCAGCACAAAGAAACUGAACUUGCCAAUGUUUACAGUUCUGAGAAGGUUCUCCAUCCUGUUUACAAUGUUUGCUGAAGGAGUUUUACUCAAGAAGACUUUUUCUUGGGGUAUUAAGAUGACCGUAUUUGCAAUGAUUAUUGGAGCCUUUGUAGCUGCCAGCUCUGACUUGGCAUUUGAUCUCGAAGGAUAUGUUUUCAUUUUGAUAAAUGAUGUCCUGACAGCAGCAAAUGGCGCAUAUGUAAAACAGAAAUUAGAUUCAAAAGAGCUGGGAAAAUAUGGUCUCCUCUAUUAUAAUGCACUGUUCAUGAUUCUCCCCACCCUGGCCAUGGCAUAUUUUACAGGAGAUGCGCAAAAGGCAAUGGAUUUUGAAGGCUGGGCUGACACCCUCUUUCUUCUGCAGUUCACCCUCUCUUGUGUGAUGGGGUUUAUCUUGAUGUACGCCACAGUACUCUGCACGCAGUACAAUUCUGCUCUUACAACUACAAUAGUCGGCUGUAUUAAAAAUAUAUUAAUAACUUAUAUUGGAAUGGUCUUUGGUGGAGAUUAUAUUUUCACAUGGACAAACUUCAUUGGCUUAAAUAUCAGCAUUGCUGGGAGCCUGGUGUAUUCCUACAUCACUUUCUCUGAAGAGCAGCUGAGCAAACAGUCAGAGACCAGUAACAAGCUGGACAUUAAGGGGAAAGGAGCAGUAUGACCAGAGGAUUGCUUCGACGACGUAGGCCCAAGUUUUUGAUCAACUGAGAACACUGGCAGUUCUUACACAGACACUGAGGGGUGUCCUGAUUAUGGAGAAAAUAACCAUUCCUUGCACUUGUACAAUCUGAGGAUUGAUUGCUGCCUUUUAAAAUUUUAUGAGAGAAACUUAUAAUUGACUCUAUUUUAAAUAUGCCGUUGGAAUUAAUUUAUAUCAAACUGGAAAAUGUACCAGGCUUUUUAAUUUAUUUCUUUUAUGCCGACAGUGAAACAUCGGUGUUUUGAAAAUAUUGUAUCCCAUAGUUUGAUAUCCAGGUGUCCCUUAGAAGCUGCAUAUAUACAGUGCUCCAGCUGGAGCCUCCUCAUUCAAAUUGUUGCUGCAUAUAGAGGGAGGUUAGCCUUCCUUCUGCUGGAAAUGCAGCCAAGUAUCUAAAAUUUCUCCUUUUUAAAUUUUAUUUCUUAACAAUUGCAUUUUCUUCAUAAGGAUAUUAUGACUGCAUUUGCUAAAGAUGACAGCUUUGGCACUACAAAACUAUGUGGGCUUUGAAGUUGUAUUGGUUUCCAUGUUGGCUUCCCUGAGAACCCCUGGGAUGGGCACAGUGCAUCCCUUGAAAUUAUGCUAUUCCCUCUUUGUUGUGUAGGAUGGCGAUAAUGAAGGGAUGGAGAAAGUAGGCCUCUUACUCAUUUAUUCAUCUAUAGGAUUCAUUCAGCUCAAAUGUACUGGGUAUGUAAUAUGUACCUGGCAUUAUGCUAAGUGCUGGGAGUACAGAGAUGUUUUUGGAGGUAGUGAAAUGAUCUCACUCCUGCUGUUGUGACCGAGGGUUAAGAAAGAAACUUAACUUGAUGAUCCAUUCAAAAGAAGUUCUGAACAAGUCACAGAAAUUUUUUUCAGCUCUUAGAAACUGCAAGUCUAUAAAUGGGCUUGGAAGCACCUGCCCUUACCUACCCCACAGUGGUGAAACCAGAUGCUACAACAUGAGAUGACAUGCAUGUGAAGAGCUGCAUUUUAUUUAUUUAACAGUUUUUUUGUUUUAAUUUUUUUUUUUUUUUAACUCUGUACCCAAUGUGGGGCUUGAACUCAUGACCCCAAGAUCAAGAGUUGUAUGGAGAGCUGCAUUUUGUAAACCAUGCAGCUCAGCCCUUCUUCCCUGAGGGAGAAUGGCAGGCCAGCAAGGUGGCCACCAUCUCUUUCCUGUGCUUCCCUCCUCUGGGUUUAGUUGCUAUUCUUUUCACUCCUCUUUGAAUUAACACAACUAGGCCUUACAUUCCUGCAUGUAUUGGUUUGAGGGGAAAGCCUGUUUAGAUGUUUCUGUAUUGUCAAGGCUUGGUCUUUGUCUGGGUGUCAGCAUUAGAGCUUAAAGGGCAUGAGCGUAGCCGUCUCCUCUGGAUACUCUCACCCACAUCCUGUGUCCCUUGGGCAUGUCAGCUUCUCUCAAGACUUCUGUUACAUCCUGGGAGAGCAGCUGUGGAUGGGCAUUGCCUGAAUUGCCUCUCUGGGCAGGAAGGGGCUUCCCUCACGCACAGCGCUGUGAGCUGGCACAGAGACAUCCCCCAACUUUGGGUCUGAGUGUUUGCACAGGCUGGUUGUGCAGUCAGUGCAGAAGAGGCUGGGUACUUUGGCACUGGUACACACUAACUUCUCUUUCACUGGGUUUGGAAUCCACAGGGCUCUGUUGAUCCAAACAAUUAGCAUUUUGGUGGCUUAACAGGAGACCUGGAAGGUUUUGAUUUUUUUAUUUUUAAAAAAUUAUAUUGUCAUUUUCAUAUUCGUGUGUUUCCUGUAUUUGGAUUUGUCUUUACUAAAGCCUGACCAGUGGUAUUGGGUCCCUAGAAUUAGCCUCAUGGCCAACUUCCAAGCUAAAAGCUCCCAAGGCUCCCUUUUUUUAGGGUCAUCUGAUCUAACAAAAUUCUGGGGGCGGGGUGCAUAGGACAUUUUCUUGUCAGAUGGUUUUUCUUGUCUGUUUUACCAAUAAGAAAACAAGACUGAGGGAGUAGGUGACUUGCUAAGAAGUAAAAAUUCAUGUUUCUCCUGUUGAACCGUUCUGCCAUUAACUGCCCUUUUCCUUUGAGAAUGAGGAAAUGGGGGUGCCAGCUGAGUUAGCUUGAGCUCUUUCAAGGAGGCAAGUGCUUGGUUGAAUGUGGAGUCAGAGAGGAAUAGGCUUUGCAAAUUAGGGACAGUGGUGCCAGAGCUUCUAUCUAGCUUCCAGGCUGGCCUCAGUUGAUAUGAACUCUGCCUGUGAAUGUUGCCUGCCACUGCCUCGUUUUUUGUGAGAGUUAAUUUUAGUGGUUCUGUUCCUCCUCCUACCAAGCCACAUGGAGGGAACUCUGACUUUAGAAAUAAUUUUAGUUGUAGAAUUUCUCAUUAUGAAAGGCCUUUGGAUGUGUCUAGAGCUAUUAGGCUAGAACCCCAGCAGGGGUUGAACUGCUUUUUGGGGGUCAGGUUCCUUGAAGAUCUGUGAUCUAGUCUCUAGGUUUGAGAAAAUCAUGUGUAAUUACAGCCUCACUAAAUGCACAUGACCUUAGACCCCCUGCCCCCUCCCCGGGCUAAACUUGCUGACUGGUCAGAAGCAGCAGAGCAAGUGAAGCUGCUGCCCUGCCGGGUUCUGAUUCCUAGAUGCCCCUUUUGACUUCCACCAACAUGUCAAGAUAAGAGAAAGCAGCCUGGGGAAGUUAGAGACUGAAUAGACUGGCCAACCAUUUUUGGAGUUUCUCAGUUACGUGCAGGCUUGGCUCUAGUGAACUAGAACUUUACCUGGUGCUCUAACAUCACCCAGAAUGUCUGGAUUUUGCCCCAAGGUUGAUAUUUUACAAGGCAAAAACUCCAUGACCUACUAACUACCUCCUGGGAGAAAAAGAGGCAGCUUUAUAGUUAAAUCCUUAAUUUGCCCUUUGAGACAGAUGAGCUGUGAUGAGAAUUUUGAAAACCAAAUUCCGUCUAGUGGCUCCUCUUCUUGAGUUAAUGACAACAAAGUCCUCUUUGGCCAUUCUGCUUUUUAUUUCAUGCCAGAUUGAUUCAGAUAACCCUGGUUGACCAGACUGCAUUUUGCCAACGUGUCAGGUGAUUUUUAAUUGCUUCAUAUGGCUAUUGGCUUUAUAAGUCAGUUAACUUGCAUGUUGAUUUAAAAAAACAUGGCAUCUGCAAGUUUUCUAUAGUCGUGUCAUAUCAAGAAUCCAUGGAAAGUUCGGGUCAGUAACGCUGAAACAGGUUCUUCACGGAAAGACUAGUAGAGUUUCAUAUUUGACUGGUUUGGAAUAGUGCUUAGGAUUUUGGACCUGCUUUUGUUAUUGUAGUCUUAUCAGUGAACAGAGAUUUAUUGAGCAUCUUUUUUAUGCCAAGCUCUGUGGAAACCAUCAUGAAUAGGACAGUUCUUGCUCUCAAGGAAUGUGUAAUUCUUUAGCCAGACCCAUAAGAAGAGAAAGGAAAUGAAAGGAGUCAGUGAUUUGUAAGUAAGAGCUGUUGGCAGUUACCGUAGAUUAGGGGUGCCCCGCCCACCCAUAGAGCUGAAGCAUUUUUUUAAUCUAAAAGGACUUUGACAACUCCUGCUACUCUUCCAGCUCAGAGAGAAGUGCCAGGCUAUUAGAAUUGUGUGGCUAGCCUGGGUUCCCCCUCCCUCUGUUUCACAUAUUCUUUCUUCCCCAUAACUGUGUCAUCCAGGAGUCACCCCUUCUCCUCGGUUUCAGUUACCCGUGGUCAACCAAAGUCUGGAAGCAGAUGCUCCUCCUUCUGACAUAUCCUCAGAAGGUCAGUAGUAGCUUCACGCUACCUCACGUUGCCUGCAUCAUUCUCCUCGCUUCAUCUCAUCACAUAGACAUUUUAUCACCUUAUAUCAUCACAGGGGUGAGUGCAGUCCAAUAAGAUACUUUGAGAGAUGCCACAUUCAUGUAACUUUUAUUACAGUAUAUUGUAAUUUUUCUAUUUUAUUGUUGGUUGUUAAUCCCUUACUGUGCCUAAUUUAUAAAUUAAACUUUAUCAUAUGUGUGUAUAGGACAAAAGCACACAUAGGGUUCGGUACUGUCUGUGGCUUCAGGCGUCCACUAGGGAUCUUGGAACACAUCCCCUGUGGAUGAGGGGGGGCUUCCACAUCGGCUCCUCCUUAGGAACGAGGCUGUAAUUGAUGUUUCCUUCCUCAAGGGAAAAACUAUAAUAUUCACAAUAAAUGAGAUAAUGGAUGUGAAACCACUUCAGCACGAUGCCUUGUACAUAUAAGGCACCCGGCAAGUGUAUAGCCAUACAAGUAUUUUGUAUGAAGAGCACGUACCAUCAUAAUUUCAUGGUGAGGCUGUAGGCAAACUAGAUACUUCAUCUCUGCUCCUUAAAAUGCUAGAGGCCUGGGCAGUGGGUAUGUUUCUUGAAAAACGUGACCCUGUACUUCGUUGCCUCUGGAAUGUUUAAAUAACUGUCUUUAAAAAAAAAAAAAUGCCUACUGGAUAUAAUUGUGGCCAUUAUGUGAUGCAGGUCAUUCCACCUGUUUUUAAAAAAGAACAAAGAUACUUAUAUUUUGGUGGUGAAUUUCAAAAGAGAAAAAGUGAUUUUCUAUCUUCACCUCAGAAUGGUGAUGCUGGUUACGCUUUCCCAGUUUGUCUCCUUAAGGUGUAGCUCUUCUACAGGUUCCGCAGGCCAGACACUCCUUCUUCCCUUUUCCAAGUGAAACACAUUGGCUCUGUGGCUUCUCUGGUGCCAUCACUGUGUUCUGAGCUUGUCUGCUAAGUCCUAUAGGAGGGCGCCACUUCACGAUGGUAAGAAAAGAUAUUCGGGUUUUUUUAAGCUUUCUUUUUUGCAUUUUUAAAAAGAAAUCUGCUGGUUAGAUUUAUUGUCUCACAAAAAUGUUUUUAGAGAUUAUUUUUUUUCAUGCUGAUGAUCAACUAAUUUUUGUCUACAAUUGUUGGCCUAUCACAGUAUUUUUUCAGUACAGAUCCUAUUUACGAAAUGACCAUUUUAGUGUUUUUAAAAGGUACUAAGGAUUGAGAUAUGUAAAUCAGGUGACAUAAAUAUGAAAAUUAUGUGCCUAAAUAUUUUUGUAAACGUGUCAAAUAAAUACUUUUUCCUGAA